GCCAAGACGUACAAAUAGUGUAUAAUGGUAACGUUAAAGGUGUUUUUAUAAAAGUUUUUGCGAUCAGUCAAACGGCUUGGUAUUUUGUCGCCUACGCGCCAAACAUACUUUGUUUGCAGAACAGUAGCGCGGGCUACGGCACAGUUAGUGCACGUUGGCAGCGACGUACGUCAGCGGCACCGUGAACGACCUGCGUUGCUUUACCGUACAAGCGCCCGACGCGUCUGCACGUCCGCCCGCCUUAGCGCUCGCUUUGAAACGUGCGUUGUAGUUUCAUAGUGUUAAAACUUCUAGGACUGGACUAUUUCAAAUUAAUUAAAAGUGUAUAAUAGUGAUUAACAAUGAACGUUAUAAGUUUUUUAAAAAUAGUUUCGCCUGGAGUUUCUUUUUAAAGUUGAAAGGAAGCAGUCUGAACUUCGGAAAAUAUAAUAAAAAGUGGUGGCCCGCGCCGAUGGCGCACGGCAGGGCGGCGACGCACAGCGCUUAAUCCCAGACGCGCUGCCCUUCGACAUGAACGAUAUCCCUGCAAACGUGUACGACGCGCGUAGAAUGAUCUACAACUUGCCUCAAGUUCAUCACACUGAGCUGUCUAUUCACGCCGUGUCAACGCAUGAGCCGUUGAAACCAAAAGAUGAGCCCUCGUACAGUUUAGCGAACAACAACAUGUGUACUAUCAGCCUACCUCAUACAGAAACAUCGGCAUAUCACGGUCGUCUUUGUCUGCAAGAUGGCCCUGAUACUUCUGAAAAUCCGAUACUCAAAGGCGAUGAGGAGCUGUCCAGAGUGUAUCAAACUCUAUCAUUGCCACCAAUAUCACGGGAGGAGGCAACUAACUCCAAUAGCAGCGAUACAAAGAAUAAGCCAAAUACUCCGGCUCCAGCUAGUCCCGGAAGUGCGUCUGAAAUGAAGCCCCAGUCUACGACACCAACUUCGCAGGUUCUUACCAAGCCACCUUAUUCCUAUGUGGCUUUGAUAACAAUGGCUAUACAGAACAGUCAGACUAAACGCGCGACCUUGAGUGAAAUAUAUUCUUACAUCACCAAGGAAUUCCCAUUCUUUGAAAAGAAUAAGAAGGGCUGGCAAAACUCUAUCAGGCACAACUUAAGCUUAAACGAGUGCUUUAUCAAAGUGCCGAGAGAAGGUGGUGGUGAGAGGAAGGGGAAUUAUUGGACUCUUGAUCCCCAAUGCGUCGAUAUGUUCGAGAAUGGGAAUUACAAGAGGAGGCGUAGGAUGAAGAGGCCUUUCCGAGCAACGCCCUAUCCCAAGACACUAUUCGGAGAGGGCUACGUGACGCAUGUGGGCCAGCACCCGCACAUGCAGUCCAUCUCGCUGGGACACAGAAACUACUUCGGGUCUACCUCUCCAUACCCGCCGUCGUAUCCACGAUAUGAUACGUCUUGGCUCGCUCAGCCCAAUGGAGGUCUGGGGUAUAGCAGCGGAUGCACGAUGGGUCGGAGUCCUCCUGGUUGCUCUCCACACAGCGCGCUGUCACACCAGUCACCAUCAGUCAACCCUUUUGCUACACACCAGAUACAGGGGCAGCUCCAAAACCAGCUGCAGUCGAUGCAGCCUAUGUCUAUGAAUAGUUACAACGCCAUCAAUAUUCCACCUCUUGAUGGAUCAUCUAGUCCAGGAUCUGGUUAUGCAGCCGCCGGCGGCUUCUCACCAAGUCGGCAUCACGACAUCGUUACAUCUUCUGACGCUGUCUCACGCUUCUCUUUCUGGCCGGAAGGAGGCUCUCCAAGCCCCAACCCUGGAUAUGUGUCUACAAGCAGCUUCUCACCUCGGCGUCAUGAUGCAGUCACAUCAUCAGAUACAGCUGGACGAUUUACUUUUUGGCCAGAAGUUGGAGUCAAGGAGGAGUCUUCAUCCAGCAUACUCUCCAACGCGACCUCAUACUCCAAGUGCUUCAUGUAAAGCCAACGAAAUUGUACCCAAGAACGAGGCUAUUUAACUUAAUCGAUCUAUUGCAUUAAUAUUGUUAUUAGUUUAUAAUAUUAUUUUAUGUGGUCAGUGUUUAGGAAUAAGGUAGUUUUAAAGUCGAUGAAGAGAGCUAGCUUUAAAAAAACCUGGCUGACACUUAAGGUACAUUUUAAUUGAAAUUUAUUAAAAAUAACAAACAAAAAUUACAGAGAAUAUUUCAAAUUAAAUUUGUCACAUAAAUUUUGUUCUGGCGUUUCUAGACACAGGCCCACGAUAAUGGUCGUCACAUACGAUUGAUAAAUUCAUGGAAUAAUAUUGAAAUAUUAAUUUCUGUUAAAGGCGGUCAUUUGUAUAAACUAUCAAAAUUCAUAUGAAUUACAUUUCGAAUGUAUGUUCGAGCUACAAAUUCAAUUAUAGUUAAAGCUAGCUCUAAAACAGAGUUGACCCUAUGAAAAGUAAAAGUGUAAAAUUAUAAGCGAAUCGUUCAAAAUAUCCCACCGAUAAAAAUAAUAUCGAGGGGCAUUCAAAGCAUGUUAAAGAUAUUUCACGGCUAAAAUAUUUUCGUAGAAAGGCGGAUACAGGGUCACUCUUAAGAUAAUUUUAGUGGUUUAAAUAUUUUUGAAUCUCUAUGUGUAAUAGUGCAAAUACAUAUUCAAUCCUUAAGCAUAUUUAUUAUUAAUUUAUUUAUUUUCAGCGCGUUUCAUCUAGUUCGUACAAAUGUAAGCGAACUCCAAAAAGUAACCAUUGUGGGUCCAUUAGUUUAUAUUCAAAGUAAAAUUUGCUAAAAGUAUAAAUGUUAAGGAAAAUUCUAUAUUCCUUAAAACUAAAAAGUAAGUUUACACGGAAAAUUAACGUUUUACAAUUUGUACGAUUAAAUUCGAAACGUAAUCGUGAUAUAUAAUACUCUAUGGGACCCCCUUCUAACUUAUGAGCUUUGUAUAUGUCAUAACUAUUUAUUAAUAACAUAUUAAGGUAUAUAUUUUGAAUCUGUAUACAUUUACCUCUGCCGCUGUUUCGGACGAUCUCUCACAAACAAAAUGAUCAAGCAUUCCUCAAUUUUUUUGCUGAAUUAUGUUUCUUUACUGAUAAGAAUAAUAUUUAGUUAAUUUUGUCAAUUAUUAUAAUGCUUUUGUAGUAUACGUCAAUAUCUAGAUGUCGACGUUAUAAAUGUAUGUAGUAGAUGUUUGUAAUUUAUAAUUAUUAGGUAAAUUAAUGUUUCGAUUAUAAGUGGUUAUUUUUUUAAUAUAUACCUUGUGUAGAUAUGUUUGUCUCAUCCAGUUUCUAUUAUUCUAUUAUUUGAGUAUAUAGUUGUGUUUUUUUUUUAUUUAUAUCCAUACUUUAAUACGUUGAAGUGUGAUUUUUCGCGAUCACACUUUUCAACAAAUUCAAUUUGUUUUUUUUUUUUUUAUUAUUAUUAUAUGAUUAUAUUAUAACUUUUUGGACUUAGUCCAUUAAUUUUCUUAAUCCUGUUCUAAUUUAUGUUAGUGUUCAGGUCAAUGUGUAAAAUUUUUGAAUUCUUGAUGUUAUUACUGUUUAGUCGUAUCUUGACAAUAAUUCUUGAUGUAUCGGCGUUCUCGGUGCAAUAGAUUUAUUAGUGAUUGUAAGUCAAUGUGAUUUUUGUUUUUCUGUCAAGAUUUUUUUUAUUGUAAGUCUGUUGAUCAGCUUAAUUAUAAAAAAAUAUUGUGCGCUAAUAUUAUUCGAG